GAGAAGCGUAAAGGGUACGGCUGGCCAUCUUUAUUUAGCAUCCAUUUAAGGUCAUGAUGCUGUUAAUGAUGUCAAAGAAAAGACGAGAAACUGGGAUUCUGCCAAUGGUGGUAUUAUCACUCUUUGUGUCUGCUCAAACUUCAGAUAUCACAAGACACCAAAUCACUGAUGAAUCCUCCUUCAACACCACAGACCCCUCCAAAUUAUCAAUGGAGACUUCCAGUCCCCUACAGUCUUCCUCGAACCAUUCACAUCUGCCAACCACAGCUGUCAGACAUCACAUCAGCCCUGAUAAUACCUCGAUUGUCAUCCCUUACUUCAAAGAGCAUGUACCUCUAAAACUUAUGUUCAUGAUACAUGUGAUAAAUUUCUGUAAAAAUCAACCACAAUCAUUCAAACAUUAUCUUAUUAAAUUGAGACUGUGCAAGAACACUAAUGCAAUUAGGCCAUUUCAAAAGAAGACACUUUAUUUCUGCUUCCGUGAGUACAGGCGACUCUAUGGUAACAAAGCUUUCCCAUCACCCUCUACUUUCCAAUUAGGUCCGGGAACUUCAGUGAAGAUAUAUCGUCAGGAACCAUUUGUGAGUAUGUGUCUUCCUAAUUUCCAGAGGAAUAAUUUGUGUAUCGAGAGAAAAUACAUGACUUUCUGCUUUGACGAGAUGAUUGUGUUUCUCCAUAGUCAGAGUUGUACUCCACCGUCAGAUGAGGACAAGCAUUUCGAGAUUCUCUUAACAUACACGAACUUGGUAAUGGAUUAUGACUGUUUUCAGAAUAUAUGCAAUGGGUUCUUUAGAGUCAUUGAAAGAAAUAUAAAUGGAAUCAGAGUAAUAGUGUGGAGGCUAGUGAACAAAAAGAGUAAGUGUCAAUACUUACUUCAUUAUAAAGACAUAUUGAAUUUCUUUGUUGAUGAAAGUAGGGUAAAAUUUGCUAUUACAGGGAAUCUACAUUUUCCAUGUUGCUAUGCAAUGCAUUAUGCCAUGUGGCUUGGUGACCCUGAGGCAGUGGGACUCAAUGUAUUCUGGGAUUAUUUACCCUUCUGGUGUCGUGUAGGAGAAAUCAUCCUUACUGCUUUUGUUGCGAGCAUUGGGAUAACUGGAAUGCUGGGAAACCUGCUGAUAGUGGUGGUGAUGUUUAAGAGUGAUCAGUGGGAUGCUUCUAGGAUAUUCCGUACAUCCCUCGCCUUCUCAGAUCUUUUAACUAGUGUCUUUGUAGUCAUUCCAGCCUUUGUUGAUCAUUUAAGGCCAAUCAUUAGGUACUCUGACUUUCAGGAAAAUUACUUAAUUUCUGAAUAUGUUAAAGGUCAUAAACAAACACUCUUAUCAUGUUCAUUUAAGCAGCUCAUCCCAAUUACCUAUGGAUUCCGAAUCUUUCAGGGAUUAAUAUUUGGCACGUGUUCACUGGUAUCUCUUCUCACACUCUUCCUUCUAAGUGUUGAGAGAUUUAUAAUAACAGGCCGUGCACUUCACUACAAAGAUUAUUUCACUGUUCAUCGAGUCAAGUUCUUCCUAAUCUUGAUCUGGAUUACUGCUUUUGUGGAUACCCUCUUCUUUAUGUUUGAUGGAAAGAGCAGUUUAGAAGUUACUUUUUCCACUUUGCUGAAACUUCCUAUUUCAAUAUCAGGAGGAAAAUUUAAUAAAGAACUGCGGUGGCUUACCACUUUCCAGAUCAUCUUACUAGGCUUGCUGUGCACAUCAACCAUAAUAAUUUCCGUUAUAUCCGUGGGCAUAUUCACACGGACGCAAAUAAGAGUAAGGGAAAAAUGGAGGAGAAUGAACAUGAGGGUUUCGGGUCCAUUUCAAGAAGAGAACCGGUACAUACUGGUGUCUUUGUGCAUGUUGUCUCUGUUAUUCAUGAUAUCUACAGUGCUGCGUGGAAUUGUGUUAAUGUUCAUCCAGCUUGAUUUUAGAUUUGCCAAUGAUGAACUUGUGGAUUAUUUCAGCUGGUGGAUAUUUCUUUCCGGGAAUGCCUGGAAUCCAAUGAUUUAUAACAUGCGAAGUCAAGAAUUCAAACAGGAGGUGAAUAAAACACUCCACUCAAUGAUUCCAAUGUGGUUGAAGAAAAAAAUGGGAAGUUCUGGGAGAGACACAAAGGCUAGAGAAGAGGAGUCUCAGAUGAGAAUGCUUAAAAAGCUGAAUUUAAUUUAUCAGUAAGACCUCAAAAUAUAUGCAUUUUAUGUCUCUCUGUUUGCUUGAGUAUUUCUGGGAGAUCAUGGACAGAUAAAAAUAUCUUGGAAAACUCUCCCUCUCUCUCUAAUAAUUGUGAUUAUUAUAAUAAAUGUACAAAAUGUGAUCAUUAUGACUUCAUGAAACUGAUGUGAUUUAGGAUUUUAUAUAAAAAAGAGCAUCAAAUGCAACUAAUAACAAACAGUUGGAUUAGACUUCCUCAGAGAAUACUAUUGUAAAAUGUACAAUUAGUAUUUGCUUUCAUAAAUAUGCUUCCAGCUACAAGAAAAAAAAACAUCCCAUAAAACAAAUGAAUAUUCUUUGAUUUGUCUAUAUAUAUCAUGUGUAUUUUUUAAUUGUUUAUAAUAGUAAGUGAAAUAGUAAUGAAGGAAAAAAUAAAUAUAUUAAAGUAAAAAAGUGAUACUCAUAAAUCCAAAAACCCAUGUAUUCUCCUUUUCUAGCAUUUACAAACCACCAUUCAUCACAUGCUGGUGACAUACUUUUCUACUAUUUUUGUAUGAAAUAAGUGUUUUUUUGUUGUUUUUUUUUAAAGAAAGCCUGUUAUAUACUAUACAGUGCAGCUCAACUGCUCAUACUGCAUGGUAAAUCCACUUCACAACUAAAAGAUGAAAAUCCUGGAAUGCUGCUACAGAAGACUUCUAUGUUCACAAUUUAUUUUCAGCUUCCUGUCCACUGUACAUAGUAGGUACAUGACUGAAAUAUUUUUUGAUCCCAAUGUGUCUCCAUCUUUUCAUCUCCCACUAUUUUUUCCCUUAUAUAAAUCAUAACUUAAAUUACAGUCACAUACUCAAAAGCAUCUUGAGCAAAAAAAACAUCCUGGAAAUAAGUACAAAAUUUUCCUAUGGCACAGUCAGAAAUGAUAAAAAAGUAAUGGGAAUAAAAAUAGCACAUACAUGUAAGUAUUUUUUUCACUUUUACCAUGAGCAUUAACAUCUAAGUUUAAAAGGUAAUAAAGAAAUGUAUGCAUGUACUUUUAUAUACAUGUAUAUACAUAAAUGUGUGUGCUGGCAUGCAAGCAUACAUGUACAGGUACUUAUAUACAUGUGGUUUGAAUACACAUGUGAACACACUUACAAACACAGACCCAUGCAUCCAUAUGCAACAACUUACAAACACCCCAACAUCCUGACAAGCAUAUGCACACAAGCACACAUACAUAUGUAUAUUUAUAUCUUAUUAUUUACAAAUGUUUCUUGGAUACACUGCAUCAGCAUUCCUUUUUAAUGUACUGGUUUAAGGUGAUACAAUUUAUUACUACCAUAUGUAACACUUGUAUGACAUUGAUGACUAAAUAUGCUGUAAAGAAAUUUUACUCUCAUUCCCAAUACAUAGUAUAUUAUUA